AUGAAGUCCCCAAACAUAGAUGCCUCUCUGCUGAAGUUAUCCUUGCGUCUGUACAAGCAAGUCCUUUGCCAAAACAACCAGAUUGAUAACAUCGUCUGCUCACCCAUAAUCAUCGCCGCCGCGAUCUCCAUCCUGCUCGCCAGUGCCCGCAACAAAACUGCCAAGGAACUGUACGGCUUGCUCCAGGUAAAGGUAAGCGUCGAUAAGUUGCGCGAUCAUUCUUCCGCGCUUCUCCCCGACCUAAAUACAUACGCUCCCGAGGCCUCCUUCCACGUGGGAAGCCGGAUGUACAUCGAGCAGCAGCUUCCGGUGCAAGCCGGCUAUAUCUCCCUUCAGCAAAAUUUCUUCGGGACGACUGUCAAGUCCGUCAACUUGAAGAACAGUCUCGAAGCGGCGCGGCAGGAAGCAAAUGCGUGGGUUGCGCAAGAGACGGCCUCCAAGAUUCGGGAACUCAUCCCGCCGGAAAUCAUCGAUGUCGAUACAGCGUCGAUCCUGUUGAACGCCGUCUACGUCCAGGGAUUCUGGUAG